AUGAAUUAAUCAACUUCUUAAAAGUAUGAGAUUAGUGAAAAUCUAUGUCAAAUUCAUAACUACGAGAUAAUUGCAAUAGAUCUAAACCCAACGGAAAAUGGAUCUAUUAAAUACCUUAGUUGUAACUGUGUAGUUGAGAAGUUGAAUAACAGUAGAAUAUCAACAAUUGAACAAACAUAAGCGAGAAUUUAAGAAUAUAAGGCUCUAAGAUAGGAAAAAAAGGCUGGAGAAAUCAAGAUAAAGCUCCAAUAAUAUAAAAUAGUGCUUGAAAAAUACAUAGAGUUUAAAAUUAAUGCUUGUAGUGCUUUGGUUAAGAUCUAAGAUUAAAUACAAACAUAAAUUAGUAUUCUAGAAGAAAAGGAAUCUUUAUUGAAAAAUUUUUAAACUAAGUCUAAUUUUUAAGAGGAUGUUAAAUCAAUAUCUGAAUUUCUUUCAUUAACUGAAAAAUAAAUGGAAUUUCAAUAAGAUACCUAAUCGUUUGACUAUUUAAUUAGAGAACUUGAGCUCAUUUUUAAUAAGGAAGCAUACUAUUAAACUAUUUUAACUUUUAAGGAAGCCAAAUAUAAAUAUAGGAAUUCAAUGAAGAUAAUUAAAUUGAAUUAAUGCCCCUGCAAUUUGAAGAUAAUAAAGUAAGUAUUUAUAUUACCAGAAAGCAUUAAGUUUAAGUAGACUUUGUCCAACCCAGAAUAAAGAAAUACUUCUGAUUGA